GGCGCCUCGGUCGCCCCUCAGCGGUCCUGUGUGUCCAGUGUUUUUACAGGAGGGAAACUUCGCUGUCCGGCUCGUUAUUUAGCAAGAAAUUGUUGAGUUUGGCGUCUGUUAGCCCCCAGAAAAGCCCGGAAUUGGCGAGAAAAGACUCCAGACAUUUUUAUCUGGUCCAGGGUUUGCCUCCAUCAUUUUAAGGAACCUGAAGUCAUGUCUGGUAUAGCGUUAAGUCGUCUCGCACAAGAACGAAAGGCCUGGCGGAAAGACCAUCCUUUUGGUUUUGUAGCCGUGCCGACCAAAAACCCGGAUGGAACAAUGAACCUGAUGAAUUGGGAGUGUGCCAUCCCUGGAAAAAAGGGGACGCCCUGGGAGGGAGGCUUGUUUAAACUGCGAAUGCUCUUUAAGGACGAUUAUCCUUCCUCCCCGCCAAAGUGUAAAUUUGAGCCUCCCCUGUUCCAUCCCAACGUAUAUCCAUCUGGCACCGUGUGCCUAUCGAUUUUAGAGGAAGACAAAGACUGGAGGCCGGCUAUCACGAUCAAGCAAAUCUUGCUAGGAAUCCAAGAACUCCUAAACGAGCCAAAUAUUCAGGACCCCGCACAAGCUGAGGCAUAUACAAUUUACUGCCAAAACAGAGUGGAAUACGAAAAAAGGGUCCGAGCACAAGCCAAAAAGUUUUCUCCGUAAGCCUCCAGAUUUUGUCGCGAUGGAAAGAUUGAGUUUUGAAAAGGUCCCUGCAGCCCCCCUCGGCUCCCCCUCUUAACCCCGAUUUCAUUUCACACUAAUUUCCACCUGAGUUUAAAGAAAACUGAAUGUGUUGUGCCAUCGUCUGUCCAGUGACACUCAUCUAACGAAGCUCUCUGGCUCUUAAUUUGGCUUUUUAUUUUAUUUGUGAAAGAGGCAGGAGUGUCACAGAUGCCCCCUAUUGAAGCUAAUUUGCAGCACAGGCGCUCGUACCGGGAGCGCCCGACUCCAAUUUUAAGGAGUCACAAGUCUGCAUGGUUCUGUGUCUUCCCUUCUCCAGCCUGCCGGAUUCAUGAGGGGCUUGAUAAUUAGCUGAUGAAAUGAAUUCGGCAUGUUGAAGCUGGGAAAACCACAUACUGCGGCUUCUCCGUUUCGCUCUGGAGUUACAGAUCGACUCGAAAAUAAUACGUAUGCGUAGAAGUUAUAUACCGCACAACAAAGAAGACGGUAUGAGCAUUUAACUCCUUUCUUUUCCUUCCUUUUCCUCUUCUUUCCUUUCAUUUUCCUUGCUUUCAGUUUCAUCCGUUCAGACCGGCCUCCUCCUUUAGACUCUUCCAUGGUUUUAAUGAUGUUUAAUGACUCGCUAUUACUUAAAUGUCAGUAUUUCAACUGCUGUAAAAUGAUACUUUUAUACUUUCUUGAUUUUGAAUUAGUGUCUAUCUAUAGAACUUUCCAUUCCUGGUGCAGGCAGUGUAGACAGCAUGUUGUAAUAUAAAGUAUGAUAGCAUUGUGCUGCCUUGGCCAACUAAAUAUGUUCUGCGAAGAAGAAGAAGAAGAAAAAAAAAAAAGAAGAAAAAAGGCCUCUGAAUCAAAACCGGAAGGCGGGUUAGUGUCGCUGCAUCAAUCUGUGUUUAUAUGGUGUUUUUGUUCAUGUAAGUGUUUAGAGUAAAUAAAAAUGUUUAUACAAAGCCA